AUGGAAGUCGAACAGGAGACUAGGAUUGUCCCCGUUGGCCCUGAUGUAUUUUCAGGCAUAGCCUGGGAACUAACUAUGGCCGCAGAUCCUGUCGACGCUGGAAGGAAGCCAAAAAAUUGGCACCAAUCACUAGACCAAGUCCUAUGGGCAUGCAGAACAUCUCCCAAAGAAGCGAUAGGGACCACGCCAUUUCGACUUACGUACGGACAUGACGUUGUGUUGUCGGUGGAGAUACACGUUCAGUCAGAAAGAAUACAAAGACAACAUGAAAUACCAACCGAAGAUUAUUGGAAUAUGAUGACAGAUGAACUUGUUGAUUUGGACGAAGAAAGAAUGUUGGCUCUCAACUCGCUAAGGAGACAGAAAGAUAGGGUGGCCAAGGCUUAUAAUAAGAAGGUAAAAGAGAAGGUGUUCGCUGUAGAUGAUUUAGUUUGGAAUGUGAUAUUACCUAUGGAUAGAAAUGAUAAAGUACUGGGAAAAUGGUCACCUAAUUGGGAAGGACCAUUCAAGGUGAUACAGGUCUUUACAAAUAAUGCUUAUGAACUGGAAGAGUUAGCCCCAAAUCGAUGA